AUGCCCAAAAGAACAGAGGAGAUACAGAACAAUCACGAACUGAUCGCAACCUUCCAUCAUCUCAUUACAAACAACAUUAACCAGUCCAACCUGCAGCAGUUUGUCAAGUCCUACAAAAGCCGAAGGAAUCUGGAGAUCGAGAGACCAGUACAAGGAGGAAAUGUAAAUGCAAGAAUGCUCCAGUGUCCAGCUUUGCUGAUAGUGGGUGAUAACUCUCCAGCUGUGGAUGCUGUGGUUGACAGCAACUCCAGAAUGAACCCAACAACAACCACAUUUCUCAAGAUGGCUGACUGUGGCGGCCUGCCUCAGGUUGAUCAGCCUGGCAAGCUUAUAGAAGCUUUCAAGUAUUUUAUCCAGGGCAUGGGCUACAUGCCCUCUGCCAGUAUGACCCGUCUUGCUCGGUCUCGCACGGUCAGUAACUCAUCUCUGGAGCGAAACCGUACACGCAGCGGUACAAACACGGAUGAGCAGCGUGGACGCUCCCACACCGACGUCUCCAUGGAGAGCACCCCUGGUGCAGAGCACGGUUCCUCAGGCCCCACACAUUGCGUCGAGCUGUCCUGCUGAACGCCUCAUGAAAAUAACACCACCGUGCAAAUCAGAAUGGAACUCAGCAGGCGGUUUGAUACUGGACCUGAAAUUAUAGAAUUUGAACCUGAAAGCUGAUGCUCCUGUUAUUAGAUAAUGUUUAAUAUGUCAUUGGUAUUUUUCACAAGGGAUGUUUGAUUAGAGAGGGCCCUCACAGCAAACAAAUGUUGCACGUACUUAAUAGACUUUGCACUAGUUUAAAAUAUCUGAACCAGUGGUUUAAAUCGCCGUUUUAUUUAACAAUAUGUAAUAUUUUACAAUUCAAGUUUUAUAUAAUUAUGUUAAGAAGGUUCUAUGAUGUUUACAGCUUGGCUGUGAGAAAAUGUAUAAUAUAUAGCCUAUGUGUGUACCUUAAAAUGCGGAGUGAGUAUGUGCGUGAUUGUGUUGGAGAGUUCUCUUAUAGGAAUGAAUGUUUGGGGGAUUUGUUUAAAUACAUUACGUAUUGCAUAUCAUUUCUGUACUUUUAAUUCCUAACAGUAGUGUAAAAUUGACAUCUGAGAGUAUUUCUUAGUCUGACAAUAUAGUCUACAGAACAUUUGAUAUAGUAUCUGAAUCAUUUCUUGUGCUUCUUACAGUCACAUCUUAUAUUAAUGAACAAGGAAGAUAGGAAUGUUGGUAAGAUCACUUUAUAUUUAACAACUGUAUUCCUAAAAUAAAAUUAAGUAUAUUCAGUCAGCCUCAUUGCUGUAGCCUAUAAUGUCUAACACUGUGAAAAAUUAUAAAUACAUACAAUGUAACUAUGUAAUUAAUUCCCAACUAUACCAUUACAGAAAUAAAUACUCAACAGAAAUAAAAAUAUACAAGC